AUGACCGGAACCAUCAAAAUAGUGCAGCAUAACCUCAACAAGCAGAGGAUCGCGAGUCAGCAGUUGGCUGACUCCUGCAAAGGAAACAGAGCCGACCUGGUGUUACUACAGGAACCUGGAGUGUCGCAAGGGAAAAUUGUCGGCUUCGAAUCGUACAGGCAGGUCCACUUAGGCAAUAAUGCCGGUGCCGCUAUCGUCAUUAUGAACAAAGAUAUACAGAUGCUCAACCUAGAGCAGUAUAAGACCGACUAUACUGUAGCUGUCAGCAUACGUACAAGAGAGCAAGCGGUCAUAGUCGUUUCCUCUUAUUUCAAGUACUCGCUGCCUACCAAUGUCUUUAUCGAGCAACUACGGCCGAUACUCGACAGGGAGGUAAGGACAGCCGGGGCAGACGUGAAUGGCCACUCGACCUUAUGGCACUCCCCGGAGAGCAACGAGAGAGGACGUCAAGUCGAAAAUCUCGUUGAGGACUACUUGCUCCACACGGUGAACCAAAGAGGAACGAUGAGCACCUAUGACCGACCUGGAAUGGGCUCAUCCAAUAUUGAUGUGACCCUAAUAACAAGUGGCAUGAUUGGCCAAGUGACGAACUGGUCUGUCACCAAUGACACGGAUAGCGAUCACCGUGUGAUAAGCUUUGACGCCGUAAUGGCAAGACCAUGCCCCGAGCCUGGCACUAUAAGCUACCGUACGGAUAAGGCAGAUUGGACCAAAAUGACUGCGUACUUGGUGAACCACGUUGGGGAUAUUAUUGCUAACGAUUAA